AUGGCUGCUGCUCGUACCCUCCGUAUUGGUCUCAUCCCCGGUGACGGCAUUGGCCGUGAGGUCAUCCCGGCCGGUCGUCGCGUCCUCGAGUCGCUGCCCGCCUCGCUGAACCUCAAGUUCAGCUUCGUCGACCUGGACGCCGGCUUCGACACCUUCAACCGCACCGGCACGGCCCUCCCCGACAAGACGGUCGACACGCUCAAGAAGGAGUGCGAUGGUGCUCUCUUCGGAGCUGUCAGCUCCCCCAGCACCAAAGUCGCCGGGUACUCCUCCCCCAUCGUCGCCCUGCGCAAGAAGCUCGACCUGUACGCCAACGUGCGCCCCGUGAAGACCACCACCGGCAGCAGCGGCACCACGCCCAUCGACCUGGUCAUCGUGCGCGAAAACACCGAAGACCUCUACGUCAAGGAGGAAAAGACCUACGAGACCCCCAACGGCAAAGUCGCCGAGGCCAUCAAGCGCAUCUCCGAGGGCGCCUCCUCCCGCAUCGCCACCAUCGCCGGCGAGAUCGCCCUCCGCCGCCAGAAGAUCCGCGAUGUCGGCCCCGCCCCCCCUCUCCGCCCCAACCCCAUGGUGACCAUCACGCACAAGUCCAACGUGCUGUCCCAGACGGACGGGCUCUUCCGCGAGGUCUCGCGACGGGCUCUGGCCGCCGAGCGCUUCAGCUCCGUCUCCGUCGAGGAGCAGAUCGUCGACUCCAUGGUGUACAAGCUGUUCCGCCAGCCCGAGUACUACGACGUGAUCGUCGCGCCCAACCUGUACGGCGACAUCCUGUCCGACGGCGCCGCCGCGCUGGUCGGCAGUCUGGGUCUGGUGCCGUCCGCUAACGUCGGCGAUGGCUUCGCCAUCGGCGAGCCCUGCCACGGCAGCGCCCCGGACAUCGAGGGCAAGGGCAUCGCUAACCCCAUUGCCACCCUGCGCAGUGUGGCUCUCAUGCUGGAGUUCCUGGGUGAGGAGACCGCCGCUGCGAAGAUCUACGCCGCUGUCGAUGGCAACCUUGACGAGGCCAAGUUCCUCUCGCCUGAUAUGGGCGGUAAGGCUACCACUCAGCAGGUGCUGGAUGAUGUGCUGAAGCGGUUGUAA